AUGGCACAAACACAAGAAUUUCUAUCAUUAACUGAUUCGGAGCGAAAAAUCAAAACAGAUGACCAAGACAAAAAUGGAGAAGAACAAGAAGCUAAUCAACAACAGCACAAAAUCGUGUCAUUGUUGCAAGAGCUAUUGGCUAAACAAAAUUUGCUUACACAAGAUAUGGCAACACAACAGAUCACUGUUAAUAAUCUUUCUCAAGCAGUUGAAGCUUUACAAGGAACCAAAAUAUCAUAUUCAAAUAUACCAAUAAUUAAUCCAUCUUUAGCACCAACAACAACUUCUGUCUCAGAGGGCUAUGGCCAGCUAACGGUCACCUUCGUUUGCGAAGGUUCGAAGUCAAAAGUUUAGAAAACUAAGCCCGUUAUUUGAAAGAGUGUAGUUAGUAGUUCAUGAAACAGAUAUUGAAAUCUACCCAACACUUUCAAUGUUCAGUGACAUUGAUGGUGUUUGUUCAUACUAUAAAACUUUUUAAAAAAGAUAUAUUUGACCGUUGCUGAUUAAGUGCCAAUAGAAACUUGCUAAUCGAAUAAUCGUUUAUCAAUCUGAUAUCAAUCAACAGCUAACGGUCCAUUCUUUCAAAAUAUGAACAACAGAAAACAACUCAAUGGUAUAGAAGUAAGAUAUUGGGUGAAUCCAUGGGAAACGUACCACUUUAUACAUGACUUUCUCAGAAUUGGCUGAAAUUUUCAGAGUUUUUAGAGCUCGAUGAGCUGAUCAUUUUAGUAAUAAAUUAUUAUGGGUUUGAUUAUGGAUUAGGGUUGAAAUAGGCAAAAUACAUUUUUCAAAAAUUCCGGAAAAUCAUGGUUAAAGUGAAAAGUUCUCAUUUUUGUGAGAACAUUUUCUCUUUUAUUUCAAAAACAAAUUGAAACAUUCUAUAUAUAUUCUGAUAGCCCAUGCUCAGUUCUAUCGAAUCAUAUAUGAUUCAAAAUGUUUCCAUUUUUUAAGAAAAAUUUUUAAUUGAACCACAAAAAGUUCACUGCAACACAAACUUUAUCUUCUAAUAAAAAACCUCUUCCGAAUUUGGGUGAAUUGUGGUCUAGUAGAUUUUGUAGAGCGUCAAACGCUCUAUCUUGUGGCAUAUAGAGCUUUGCAGUCGUUUUCUGUUUUCGUGCAUUAGAUAGCCAAAAUGUUUAUCUACUGCUGUUUUAUGAAAAUUUUAGUUCAUAUUUCUGGUCUUUUCAAAAGAAAAACUCAAUAAACUAAUCUGAAACUUUAUCCUCAAAGGAAUCUCACUUAUUAGAGUAGUAUUUAUAAAAAAUUUAUUGACAUUAUUUUCUCUUUCAUAUCAUUCUACGAUAGUAAAAUGUCACAAGUCACGUUUGAACUCUUGAUUGUUCAAAGGAGCAGGGUCAUUAAUCCAUGAAUUCGGCCCCUUCCUGAAAUUGUGUUUUAUGUUUUCCAAAUAAUCGAUUGGAAUGUCAAAAGUCGAUUAAUGUUCGAAUUAGUGAGUUAGUCUUAGUUAUAACUAUGCACGAAGGGCCAAAAAAAUUUAUAUUGUCUAUUACCUGACCAGUUGUGGUAUGCCGUGUUCCCAUGAAGUAUAUUGACUCUGUUAACAUCUUAAUUUGAGUUAAAUACCAAAUAAAAGUUUGUUUUUUUUCGCUAUCGAAUGAUAUAUAAUAGUAUGAGAAAAUACUUUUCUUUCAUUGUUUUCUUGAGAUGACCUUGUACACCACUAUGUGACACUUUAUUGGUAUUGAUGAAAGUCCUAUGUUAAGGUACAAAAGAAAUACAGAUCCAACUUGAGUAAGGUACUAUUCGGUAGCCCUUUUGAAGCUCUACAAAACUAUGCUAUUACAAUGAGUUUAGGGUGUGGGGAAGAUAGUUAACCCAAAGGCAUAGUGCUGUAGGAUGCCAAAAAUUCAAUUUUUUCGGUUAUUUCUGAUUCAUUUUUGCUUGAAAUAUCCGGCUCUAUGUUUGGAAAAAUGACAUAUUUAAAAGCAGCAUCAAAAGCUGAGUCGGUCUUUAUAUGUUAAAAACUGCGCUAUCGACUUUCAUUUUUCUCGAAAAUUUCAACCCUGGUCUCCCUAAGGGAUAUGCCGAAAGAUAAAUUCGACAGAGUUCUCAUUUUUAUUUCUUACAUAGCUGCCAUUUUGACUUUUUCUAGCUUUUAAACAGUGAACGCCUGCGUUCUCAUGUUUAAACUUAUGCUUUUCCGAUAAUUAUUUCUUCGAACAUCCCUGAAAACCAUGGCUGAGUUUCUCAAAAAAAAAAUGGAAGUCGAUAGCGCAGUUUCAAGUACAUAUAGACCAACUCCGCUUUUCAUGCACAUUUCAAAUAUACGAUUUUUUCAAACACCGACCCGAACAGUUUGAGUGAAAAUGAAUAAAAAAGUGAGAGAAAAAAAUGCAAUUUCUGGUGUCCUACACGAGUGUACCUUUGUAGACCCUGGACAGUUCCAUAUCAGUUCCGUUUUUGAGAACUGUUCAAACAGUUCUUUGAUACGAACUGAUCUGUCCAACCAGUUCUUUUAAAAGAACUGAUCUGUGCCUACCAGUCCUUUGAUAGGAACUGGUCCGUCCAACCAGUUCUUUGACAGGAACUGAUCUGUCCAACCAGUUCUUUGAUAGGAACUGAUCUGUGCCUACCAGUUCUUUGAAAGGAACUGAUCUGUACAACCAGUUCUUUGAUAGGAACUGAUCUGUUCAACCAGUUCUUUGAUAGGAACUGAUCUGUCUAGCCAGUUCUUUGAUAGGAACUGAUCUGUGCCUACCAGUUCUUUGAAAGGAACUGAUCUGUUCAACCAGUUCUUUGAUAGAAACUGAUCUGUAACUAGGGGUGGGAAGUUACCGUUCCCAGACCGUUCCUGGGAACGGUAACAGGAACGAAAAAGUUCUCAGUCACCGGGAACGGUAACUCCCCGUUCGCAGUUACCCGAGAACGCAGGUAACGGUCAGGGGACUACCUAGCAUCAUCAAUCUCAUAGCCUUGGUCCUCACGAACAACUAUUGGGGGUACCCUUGUGUCGACAAGCCCCACUAUUGGAGAUACCGUUGGGUCCUCAAAUGCUAGUAUUAGCAAAUACCUUUGGCUCAUCAAGUGCUCGUAUAGCUGGGUACACUCAGCCCAGGCAGUGCAACUAUUACGUGGUACCGUGCGUUCAAUCAAUGCAAAAUUUGCACCAAACCGUUGUGCCGUCAGGAUUAAUUGCCAGGAAGGGGGUAUCCUUGGUCCAACCACCGCAAAAAGUGGCGCGGUAACGUGGGCCCAAUCGGUGCAAAUUUUGCACCGAACUGUCGUGCCACCAGGUUGAAUUGCCAGAAAGGGGGAAGGGGAGUAUCCUUGACCCAACCACCACAAAAAGUGGCGCGGUAAUGUGGGCCCAACCUAUGCAAAUUUUGCGCCGAACCUUCAUGCCAUCAGGUUCAAUUGCCAGGAAGGAGGGUAGCCUUGGUCCAACCACUGCCAGAGUUACGCGGCAGCCUUUGCCCAAACAGUACAAGUGUCACGUGGUACCCUUGCCCCAACAAUUACUGGUGUUGCCAGGAUCCUUGGCCCAUGAAGUCUUACUAUUGGGGGGCACCCUGCCGUCCUGAAGUCAAAGUAUUGGGAGGUACUUUUCGGUCCUCCAGGAGGACCCGAGUAUAUCCCGUAAUGCUAGCACUUGGAGGACCAAGGGUAACCCCGAAACGUAACGGUAACUUCCCACCCCUAGGUGUGAAUGCUGAGAGAAGACUUAUACGCACAAACACCAACACCCAACCCGACCCACACAAAACCCAUCCCAAACCCACACCCGGUUCUCGAAAGAGAACUGGUCACUUUACCCAGUUCUUGAAAAAGAACUGGUGACUUGGCCCAGUUCUUCAAAAAGAACUGGUCACUUUACCCAGUUCUUCAAAAAGAACUGAUCACUUUUACCCAGUUCUUCAAAAAGAACUGGUCACAAUAAGCAGUUCUCGAAAAAGAACUCAUCACUUUAUCCAGUUCUCGAAAAAGAACUGAUCACUUUAUCCAGCUCUUGAAAAAGAACUGGUCACAAUAAGCAGUUCUCGAAAAAGAACUGGUCACGGUAGCCAGUUCUUGAAAAAGAACCGGACGCUUAAUCCAGUUCUUCGAAAAAGAACUGGUUGCAAUAGCCAGUUCUCGAAAAAGAACUGCCGGGUGUGUACAGUUCUUAGAAAAGAACUGCCGGGUGCACACAGUUCUCGUUAAAGAGCUGGUCACUUUAACCAGUUCUGGAAAAAGAACUGGUCACUAUACCCAGUUCUUCGAAAAUAUACAGUUCAUAGAACUGGGAACUGUCCUAGGUCUAUACCUUUGGUUUGACUAUUUUCUCCACAAGUUAAACUGAAUGUAGUAGCAUAGUUUUGUAGAGCUUCAAAUAAGCUAUUGAAUAGUACUUUAUUCAAGUAGGAUCUGUAUUUCUUUAGUACCUUAAUAUGGAAUUUUCUUAUAAAUACUCAUAAAAUGUUGCAUAGUAGUGUAAUCCUCCCACCCCCUAAAAUAAAAAGGCAUGGCCUUCUAUUACGUUCCAAUGAAUCGACCUUUUUUCGGUGGCCUUCUAUUCAGGAUUUUUCGAAGAGCUCUUUCUAUGAAUACGCUCAUGUUUUAGCAAAUAAACUCAUUCUUUGGUUAAAUUGUUGCAUUAUAUACAAUAAUAAUCACAUAUACAUCUAGACUAUAUAUAGCCACAAACAGACUGAAAAAUUUAGACUGAAAAAUUCAGACAAGUUAAAACUGAAUUAACGAAUAAAUCGUCUAAGAAAGUCGAUUUAAGUCAGAAUAGAUCAGUCAGGUUGCUCAAUUCGUUUUAUUUUGUCAGUCUUUUUGGAGUCUAUAAAAUAAUAUACUCUAUAUGUACAAAAUUGAUUGGUAUGACGUUAUAUUAUGUCUAGCAAAUCAAGCUUUUGGAUGUGGCGUUCUAUUACGGGUAGCCUUCUAUUAUAGGGUGGCGUUUUAAUUUAGGAGGGGGGGGGGGGGGGGGGGGGGGGGGGG